UAUAUAUAGACUCUUCUCUUUCUUUUAAUAAUUCGUUCUCCUGCUUAAAUUCUAAAGGAAAUAAUUUCAGAAAAAAGAAGAUUAAGGAAGAUAUAAAGUUUUGAAGAAGGUAAAGGAGAGAAUCAAGAAGAGUCAUGACUACUUUAUCAAAGAUUCUACGUGUGUUGAUCAUCCUUUUCUUUUGUUUCUCCUUUCGAUAUUCACUUCAUGAAGAUGGAAAUCAAGAAUCAAGCCGUGACUACUUUUCAACCGCUAAGAUGAUCGGACAUGGUGAUGUGAUGAUACGAGAAAGAAAACUGAUGACGACAAGUGGAGAAACAGACGCAAAAACGACGAUGAAGAAAGGAAAUAGAGAGACAGAGAAAAAAUCAAGCAAAAGUGUUGACGAAGAUGAACUCGUUGCGUACACUGCGGAUUAUUGGAGAGCUACGCAUCAUCCUCCCAAGAACAACUAAUUCUAAUUCUGUUCUAAGAUAAUAACACAAAAAUAAAUGCUAGCUUUUUAUGAAAUCCUCUAUAGAUGAUAUAUAAAGUAAAAUAUGUUUGUUAUAUUAUGUGUUUAAUUUGCUUGUCUGGUUUCUUUUAAGUCGUAACGGAUUAAAUGGUUUACAUGAUUUUGAAGUUUUGAAGCUUUUGUAUGUAUGUAUGUUUAUAUGUAACCUAUGACCAAUUUGGUCAAAUCGGAGUAUAUGUUUAGAAAUCCAAUCACUUCGGUGGA